CGCAGCAUUCCCGCAGGAAAGCUCCCGCAGGCUGCGCGGGCCGGGAGCGGCGCGGGCUGGGCAUGCGCAGAGCGCGCGGGCGCGGUUGCCGUGGCAGCGCCGGCGGGAGGGGAGGAGGCGGGAGGGGAGGCGGCGGGCGGGCGCGGCGCGGAGCCGGGCGACUGGCGGGCUGAAUUGGCGAAGGCGCGGGGCAGGCCUGAGCGGCGGGGCGCAGCUCCCGGCCCGCGGGGAUGCGGGACCGGCUGCCGGACCUGACGGCGCGCCGGAAGAGCGAUGACGGGGACACGGUGGUCGUGGUCGAGAAGGACCACUUCAUGGACGACUUCUUCCACCAGGUCGAGGAGAUCAGGACCGGCAUCUCUAAGAUAGCUCAGUACGUGGAGGAAGUAAAGAAAAACCACAGCGUCAUUCUGUCCGCACCAAACCCCGAGGGAAAAAUAAAAGAGGAGCUUGAAGAUCUGAACAAAGAAAUCAAGAAAACGGCUAAUAAAAUCCGCGUCAGGUUGAAGUCCAUCGAGCAGAGCUUGGAGCAGGAUGGGAGCACGCCCCGCACGUCUGUGGACGCCCGGAUCCGGAGGAGCCAGCACUCCGUGCUCUCCCGCAAGUUCGUGGACGUGAUGACCGAGUUCAACGAGGCCCAGACGGCCUUCCGGGAUCGCAGCAAGGGCCGCAUCCAGCGGCAGCUGGAGAUCACUGGGAAGACGACCACGGACGAGGAGCUGGAGACCAUGCUGGAGAGCGGGAACCCCUCCAUCUUCACCUCCGACAUCAUCUCCGACUCACACGUCACGAGACAGGCCCUCAACGAGAUCGAGUCGCGGCACAAGGACAUCAUGCGGCUGGAGACCAGCAUCCGCGAGCUGCACGAGAUGUUCAUGGACAUGGCCAUGUUUGUGGAGACACAGGGUGAAAUGAUCAACAACAUCGAGAAGAACGUGAUGAGCGCGGCCGACUACGUGGAACACGCCAAGGAGGAGACGAAGAAAGCCAUCAAGUACCAGAGCAAAGCGCGCCGGAAAAAGUGGAUCCUGGUGGCCGUGGCGGUGGUGCUGGUCGCUGUCGUGGCUCUGAUUAUCGGCUUAUCGGUUGGCCAGUGAGGCUGCGGAUCACGCCAGGGCAGUAAGUAACCACUAACCCGCUAGCCUUCCCGCCGCUCUGCCUGCUCCCGACUCACCAAGCUGGCGGCUCACUAACCUCCCAGCGCCUCGCCGUGGCCGCUGAGCGUCUUCAGGCCCAGGCCGCCUCCUCCUCCUCCUCCUCCUCCUCCUCCUCCUCUUCCUCCUCUUUGUAAAGACUGCGGCCUAGAAUACAUUUUACUGACUUUUGUUAAUCCUCACCGGAGGAUAGUUUUCCAUGGAUUUUUAGAGAGAGUGGAAGGGAGGGGGAGAGACAGAGAGAGACACACACAUCGAUGUGAGAGAGACACAUUGAUUGGUUUCUUCCUGCACGGGGAUCGAGCCUGCAACCGAGGUAUGAGCCCUUGACUAGAAUCGAACCCGGGACCCUUCAGUCUGCAGGCUGACGCUCUAUCCACUGAGCCACACCAGCCAGGGCCGGACUUGUAUUUUUUAAAAAUAUAUAUUUUAUUGAUUUUUUACAGAGAGGAAGGGAGAGGGAUAGAGAGCUAGAAACAUCGAUCAGCUGCCCCCCGCACGCCCCCCCACCGGGGAUGUGCCCGCAACCAAGGUACCUGCCCUUGACCGGAAUCGAACCCGGGACCCUUGAGUCAGCAGGCCGAAGCUCCAUCCACUGAGCCAAACCGGUCAGGGACAGACUUGUAUUUUAAACUCUCGAGUCCCAGGAGAAGCUUGUUAGGAAAUGACAUGAGUGACUGCUUUCCUUCGAUGCCUCGCAAAUUAAUUAUUGUUUUUCUUUAUCUUGCAGAAAAUGAUGUGCGUUGUUAUUUGUGUAAUUAUUUUGCUUGUGAUCCUUGGAAUUAUCCUAGCAACAACAUUGUCAUAGCAACCGUAGCCCACGAGCCCUUCAUCCCUGGAGCCAGCCCUCCCACGUCUGCAGCAAGCCAGCCUCCCACGUGGCGCACGAGCCCCGGGCGUGGCGGCCGUGGCGCCGAGCACGCUGAAGGACACGGAGAACGCCGCCCGCAGCCCGGACGCGACGUGUCAGCCCCGCAUCCUCGGCUCCAUACACCGCACGCCGCAAACCUUCAGCAAUGUGAAACAAUGGCCUUAAGAUAGGAAUGAUUGACAUUUUCAAUUUUUUAUAUUUCAGUGUUAAGACUAUUUGUAUGUCGCGUUUCGUGAGGAAUAUUUUAUGUUUGAAGCCACGCGAUUCCAGGUCUGAGACUUGGUGUCGCCACCCCCCCCCCGCCCCCCGUCCCCCCGUCCCCCCGUCCCCCCGGCUCACAAGCUCACUGAUGCUUUUGUACUGUUUCCUUCGUGUUUACUGUUUGCAAGGAAAUCCUCGUUAUUAUCACAGAGCUGUUUUGUAAGGUAUCUAUGAUGUUAAAUGUUUAUAAAUUAACCGUUUAAUAUAUUAACCUCUUAAUUUGCCCCAUUUUUAUAUAUUAAAUGCUGCCUUUUGAAAGGAAUAGGA